AUGGGUGGGCAUUCGAAGAAGCAUGGGAAGGGUGGCGGCGGCGGUGGGCGCUACCGACCACCUGAGCAAAGAAAGAGGCUAACCAAGGAUCCCGGAGUGCCCGACCUUAAGAAAGUGGCACAAAAAUUAACGCGUACAGCGCAGAACCGUAACCGCAGUGUUUUUAGCAUUCCCGCAGUGCGUGGGGCGGCCAACAUUUCCUCAAGAGUUGCCGAGUUUGCUUCGGGGUCCGGCGGGCCUCCCCAAACUGGGGAGGAGCGCGUGGCUGCAGAGCGACGGGCCAUGCGAACGCUUGCCCUUCAGUGCGCAGAAAAGGCACACCAAUACGAGGUGCCCCAGCAGUGGAUGGAGGAAACAGGCGGGGAAGAUCGCAUGUACGAUGACGUGGAUCGACGGGGCAUGGACAAGUCCCUUCGGCGCUUUUACAAGGAGUUUCAAAAAGUGGUUGAAAACAGCGAUGUGCUGCUUCAGGUGGUGGAUGCCCGUGACCCACUUGGGUGCCGUCUGACCCUGUUGGAAAGGGCUAUUCGUUCUCAGUUCGGUGAUGAAAGGAAAAAGAUGGUCGUGGUUCUCAACAAAGUAGACUUGUUGCCUUCAAAGGAAGUAGUGGACAGUUGGAUCAACUUCUUUGAGUCACACGAAGGUGUGGCAUGCAUUCCCUUCACGGCGACCGCAAAAGGCACACUUGGCCACAGCUAUGUUGCGAACAUGUUCCGUCGUUUACGUGCAUUGGCAUUAAACGAAGAGACCGGGGCGCGGAAGUCUAUUGUGGUGGGUGUGAUUGGUUACCCAAACGUGGGGAAGAGUUCCAUUAUUAAUGCUCUCAAGCAGAAACACGUGGUUGGGGUUGGUAACAUGCCAGGGUUUACAACGGGCAACACGGAGGUGGAGUUGCGCUCGGAUAUUCGUGUGAUGGACUGCCCCGGUGUCGUGUCUCCUGGUGAGGACAACGGUGAUGUAGUGCUGCGCAACGCCGUAAAGGUUAGCAACCUUUCUGAUCCCUUCACACCUGUGCAGCGGCUUAUUCAGCGUUGCACACAGGUGGACACGGACGACGAACACAGCCGGCAGCUUCUUGCGGCAGGUAUUCACCCCUUGGCCCUCUUUUACAAUAUUGGCACCUUUGACACGGGUGACACCAUUGAGUUUGUACGCCUCGUCGGGCAACGACGCGGAAGGUUGCGUCAAGGAGGGACGAUUGACGAGGAAGGCACCGCACGCAUGAUUUUGCAGGACUGGAACGACGGCCGCAUUGCGUACUAUACGCUGCCGCCCACCUCCGACCUCUUUCACCGCGAGACGCUGACAACGGCGGCCGAGGAGGACAACACCGCGCAGCGCACCGUGGCUGCGGUGGACGGGCUCUGUGGCCCACAGGUGGUGGACUCCCUCGCGAGUGGCCUGCAGUGGGAGGGUCUACCAACGUUUCACCUCUCAUGGGGCAGGCGAGAGGGAACCGGCCGGCGGCGCGCGCGUUACGACAAAAUCAACACCUCUGACCAUGGCGAGGACGAGGAUGUGGAGCUGUAG